AUGCUGUUCGCCCGGCUCCUCCUCUUGGCCACGGGGGCCCUCAGUGCCGCCGUCAACCUCACCGGGUAUGAGUACAUCGUCGUUGGCUCGGGGGCUGGCGGCGGGCCUCUAGCAGCCCGACUGGCCCUGGCCGGCCACAAGACGCUUCUGUUGGAGUCAGGAGAUGAUCAAGGGCUGAACCCGAAUUACUCGGUGCCCGCGUAUUCGGCUCGCGCCUCGGAAGACGAGCAGAUGGCGUGGAACUUUUUCGUGCGUCACUACGCCGAUGAUGCUCGACAAGCCCUCGACUACAAAACCACGUAUACCACCCCCGAGGGGGAGGAAUACACCGGGCUGAACCCUCCCCCGGGGUCAACCAUGAAGGGAGUUCUGUACCCUCGCACCAACACCUUGGGCGGCUGCACCGCCCAUAAUGCCCUCAUCGCCGUGUAUCCGGAUCGUUCGGACUUUGAAUACAUCGCCAACCUCACCGGCGAUGAUUCCUGGGCCCCGGACAACAUGCGCCAGUACUUUGCCAAGCUGGAAAACAACCACUACCUCCUCCCCGGGGCCCCUGGCCAUGGCUACGACGGCUGGCUAUCCACCGAAUAUGCCCCCAUCAACCUCGUCCUCCAAGAUCCCCAAUUCCUCUCGCUAGUCCUAGGCGGUGCCUUUGCCCUAGGCAACCACACCAACACCCUCAUCAACCUGGCCACACUCCUCGCCGGCGACGCCAACGCCGACAGUGCCACCCGCGACUCGCAGCCGGGCUACUAUCAAAUCCCCAUCUCGACCUCCUCUGCCCGGCGCAACGGGGCGCGCGAAUUCGUCCUGGCCGUCCACGCAGCCACCAACCCCGACGGCACGCCCACCUACCCCCUCACCAUCCGCACCAACUGCCACGCCACGCGCGUACUCUUCGACAACACCACCUCCCCGCCCCUCGCCACCGGCGUAGCCUUCCUCGACGGCGCCCACCUCUACCACGCCAGCCCCCUCUCCUCCCCUUCCCGCCGCGGCACCCCCGGCACCGCCACCGCCAGCCGCGAAGUCAUCCUCUCCGGCGGCGUAUACAACUCCCCCCAACUGCUCAAACUCAGCGGCAUCGGCCCGGCCGCCGAACUAACCACCCACGACAUCCCCGUCCUCAUCGACCUCCCCGGCGUCGGCACCAACCUCCAAGACCACUACGAGAUCAACGUCCAAGGCCACACGCCAUCCAAUUUCUCCGUCCUCACCGACUGCACCUUCACCGAUACCGCCGACCCAUGCCUCACCCGCUGGGAACAUCCUUCCCUCCUCACCCACGACCGCGGCGUCUACGCCUCCCCGGGCUUCGCCACCACCAUGUUCUAUCAAAGCACCGCUAGUGCGGAUACUAACUACGAUGUGUUUCUCUUCGGCGCGCCGAUAAACUUUCGUGGUUACUUUCCGGGAUAUAGCGUGAAUGUCACGGACCGACAUGACUGGUUUACGUGGGCCAUUCUCAAAUCGCAUCCCCGGAAUCGGGCAGGCACCGUGACGCUCCGCUCGAAUGAUCCGCUUGAUGUCCCGGAUAUUCUCUUUAAUUACUUCGACACGGGAUCCGAUGGAUAUGAUCAAGACCUGCAGGCGAUGUACGAAGCGGUGAACCUCGCACGGGACGCGUUGGCGCGACAGGCCGUGCCGAUCGAGGAAGUCCUGCCCGGUGCGGAGGUUACGGACCAAGAGGGCAUCAUGAAAUAUGCCCAAGACACGGCGUGGGGGCAUCAUGCGUCGUGUACGUGUCCGAUUGGGGCGGAUGAUGAUCCCAUGGCGGUGUUGGAUUCGAAGUUUCGGGUGCGUGGGGUGAAGGGGUUACGGGUGGUGGAUGCGUCGGUGUAUCCCCGGAUUCCGGGGACGUUUACGGCGGUGUCGACGUAUAUGGUUGCGGAGAAGGCGGCGGGGGAUAUUCUAGAUGACAUCGAUGUAUAAUAACUAGUCUUGAGCUAUCUUGGAUUGAUUUGAUUCUUAGAUGUCGAUGGAUGCUCCGCCGUCAUGGACGGAAAAAUGACACCAUAUACACAAACCAUUAAUAUUAUCAUUUUAC